CUAGAUCUGUCUGCGGCAACGGCACAAACGAAAGUAUCACCUACACACAUCUCACAGUCCCUUCAAAAUUUCUGUGAAAGAGAAAAGCAAUAUAACUUCAAAAAUGGCUACCGAAACCCUUUCAACACCACCUCCACUCUCCCAUGUUCUCGAAACCUGCCUCUACGUGCGCGACGUAGGCAUGUCGGCAAAAUUCUACGAAGAGGUCCUAAACAUUGUACCGUUUAACAAAUCGGCUCGAGGAGCCGGGUUCGCCCUCGGCUCAACGACUUUUCUCCUCUUCCAGCUAGGUGGCACGACGGCGGAUAUCGAAGAUGAGGGGGGUGUGAUUCCCGCGCAUGGGCCGAGUCCAUCCAUUCUUCCUCAAUUUCUUUCAUCAGAAAAGGACGUCAAACUAAGGCAGCACUUCUGUUUGGCUGUGAAGACUGCGGAAGAGGUACAGCGUUGGGAUGCUCAUUUACAGGCACGGGGGGUUCCUAUUCUCAGCCGGAUGGAUUGGCCGAAGGGAGGGAAGAGUGUGUAUUUUGAGGAUCCUGAUGGACAUAUCGCGGAGAUUGGGUCUAGAGGGCUUUGGCCGCAUUAUUGAGGUGGAUAAAAUGGAGAUUGUGCUUCGCAAUUGGCCUAAUGAAAGACCUUGCGUACCUUGGCCCCUGGUUCAGUAGGUGGGAUUGGCUAGAACGGGUGGAUAUAUCUUCGCCGUAGCUUAUGAAUCUAUGCGCUCUUAAUGGACUGAUCUUUCGUUGAAAUACGUUGAAG